AUGACGUGGAUGUCAGAAAACCUCCACCCCAAAGGGGAUAAUACCCUGGAAAAUGGAGGUAUCCUGCCCCCAGGUACCCCGGCUUCGACGCUACACCUUCCAGAGGCUGCUGAUUCAGACAAAAAAAUCAAUAGCAUUCAGGAUCUUCAGGCAUCUUCAUCUACUACACACUCUACAACAGACCUUCCAGAGGUCCUGAGUACUAAUGAAAAGAUUGAUAGCGUCCCCGAUGGCGGGCUUCCAGCAUGGCUAGUAGUCCUAGGCGCUUGGUGUGGACUGUUUUGUAGUUUAGGAUGGCUCAAUAGUAUCGGCAUAUUCCAGAGUUACUAUGAGACAACACUUCUCCGUCAGUACUCUGCAAGUGCGAUCUCUUGGAUUCCCUCCUUUGAAAUCUUUUUUACAUUUGUGACGAGUCCAGUUAUCGGUCAACUUUAUGACAGGUUUGGUCCACGGUUUGUUAUUCUUGGUGGCUCAUUCCUACAUGUCUUCGGCCUGAUGAUGGCCUCCCUCUCCACCAGUUACUAUCAGUUGCUCCUAUCACAAGGAGUCUGCAGUGCACUGGGAAUAUGCGCCAUCUUCCAGCCAUUCGGUUAUAGUUGGUCGAUGCGUAUUUCUGCCUUUUUGAUCCUCUUCCUCCUUGUCAUUGUCAAUCUGACAGUGAAGACACGCCUUCCACCAUCACCACAAACACAGAAGAUGAGCAAGACAACACUUUUACAGCCACUCAAAGAAAUUCCUAUGAUCAAUGUUGUCUUGGGGUUUUUCUUUUUGACAUUUGGCGUUUUCGUACCAAUCAAUUAUCUUGUCGUCCAAGCCACCAAGGUCGGGAUGAGUAGCAACUUAGCACAAUAUCUAGCCCCUAUACUAAACGCUGCAAGUCUAUUUGGCCGUUUAUUAGCUGGUGUCCUCUCUGACAGAAUCGGUACGUAUAAUGUCUUAAUGAUCGCCUGCUACCUCGCCGGUAUCUUCUGCCUAGCUCUCUGGAUCCGGGCAGCUAAUACCGCUGCCGUUAUGGCGUUUACCAUUCUCUUCGGAAUGACCUCAGGUGCUUAUAUUGCCCUGUCAGCAGCGUUGGUGGUGCGUAUAUCUCCGAUUAGAGGAAUCGGGUACAGAACUGGUCUUCUGUUCUUUAUUGGGGCCUUCAGUGGCCUAACAGCAAGUCCGAUUGCUGGUGCAAUCCUCCAGCGCGAGGAUGGUUCAUAUACAGGCAUGCAAAUUUUCAGCGGUGCUACACUUUUAGUGGGCAGUAGUUUCAUCUUGGUGGUGCGAAUUUACAAGACAGGUCCGGUUCUGAGAGCUAGGUUUUGA